AUGGGCGUCGUUCUGUCGGUCUUCUGUCGAGUACGCAGCGCCAUCUUCGCGAAGAUGUUUCGGCUCGUCAAGGGCGAAAAGACGCGCGGAUUCUUCAAAUCACGCCACGCCAGCCAGUACGAUACGCCUGGCCACUCUUUUCCUGCCGGCUUUUUCCCACCAGAAGAGCCGUCGGCAUCCAUUCUCAAGACCCCGCGCGGAACGGCGGAGAAAAAAGCCGACAUGAUGCGUCGGCCAGUCGUUUGGGAGCAGCCGCUGCCAAAACCCGACUUUGUCUGUCUGACGCCAAUUCCGCCGGCCGUCGUACGGGCGCGCCCAAGCGGCCUCGAGCCUCGAGAUAGAACCUACGGUCGACUAGGACAGACGAAGAUUUGCCGGCCAGAGGCUAGACGGGCAGUUGAGACAUCGCCAGCACCGUGCCGACUUGGAAUGAUACGACAUCUCCCUCCUUUGACGUCCAUCACCAACCACCUCAACAACCACCACGGCGGGUUCUUCACCCCGGCCGAGCGGCAGGAGAUCUGCACCCGGUACCUGCACCAAGGAUACCUCGUCAAGGACGACGAAAACGGGUGCCGGCGCGCGAAACAGAACGGCCAUCAUCCCUUUCUGCCCGCCUUGUCCGGGUUCUGCUGCCCCGUGGACCGGUGUGUGGCCUACACCACCCCGAAAACGGUCCAAUUUAAGAUGUGUCGCCGUGACACGACCUUGAAACCUCAGCCGUGCACGGUUUCGUACCUGUGGGGGGAACCGAAGCACCUGUUUGUCGUGUUGGAAGACGGGGACGCCAACGCCGCCGAGAGCUAG